AUGGCAAUGCCAGGCCAGCGGCUCCGGCUUUCAGUUGCCUUCGGAGCUUCUGACACCUUCCCGGCGUUGUUGCAGGAGCUCAACGGCCAGUCGAAGGUCCUUCGAAGCAUCGAUGACCGGCUGACAACGACCCAGGCGCUGGUCCCCAAGGCGCUGGGGAAGAUGAAGUGCGAGAUACCGGGCCACGAGGGCGACGUCAAAGCAGCUAUGGACAAGCUGAUGGAAGAUUCGGUCGUCAUAAAGGAGCAGGUGGGCACCAUCAUUGACCGGCUACAUGACUCCGCCAACGAAGCGAUGGCUUUCAAUGACCUGAUGCACAGGCAGUUCGAGUACAAAGGCAACCGCUUGCCGGAAGAAGUCUCCGAGUUCUCUGGUACAGUGGUGUCCAAUCUCCACCGCGCCGAGGAUAUGGCGAAGAAGGAAAUGGUCGCUGGUGCGAAGGACCUGGUGCGAAUGGCGGAAGAAGUUCGAACCAUGAUCAUGGCUUCCGCGAUGCCCACAUCCAUGUGCCUCCUCGGUGCCCCUCCGAUCCAGAGACGCAAUGCCAACGCAGCAUCGUUUCUGUGA